ACAGAUAUACAAUGGGUGCCUAUAAGUAUUUGGAAGAGCUUGCUAGAAAGAAGCAAUCUGAUGUUUCUCGUUUCUUGCUUCGUGUCCGUUGUUGGGAAUACAGACAAUUGAAUGUCAUUCACCGUGCUUCUCGUCCCUCUCGUCCCGAUAAGGCUCGUCGUUUGGGUUACAAGGCUAAGCAAGGUUAUGUUAUCUACCGUAUCCGUGUUCGUCGUGGUGGUCGUAAGAGACCUGUUCCUAAGGGUGCUACUUAUGGUAAGCCCGUCAAUGAAGGUGUUAGCCAACUCAAGUAUCAACGUUCCCUUAGAAGCACUGCUGAAGAACGUGUUGGUCGUAAGUGUGCUAACUUGCGUGUCUUGAACUCUUACUGGGUUAACCAAGAUGCCACCUACAAGUACUAUGAAGUUAUCCUUGUUGAUCCCUCUCACAAGGCUAUUCGUCGUGAUCCUCGUAUCAACUGGAUCGUCAACCCUGUUCAUAAGCACCGUGAAGCUCGUGGUCUCACUGCCAUUGGUAAGAAGUCUCGUGGUCAUGCCAAGGGUCAUCGUUUCAACAACACCAAGGGCUCUGGUCGUCGUGCCACCUGGAAGCGUCGCAACACUCUCUCUCUCCGUCGUUACCGUUAAAGAGUUAUUGUUUAGCAAAAAUAAACUAUAUAUUUUGUCUAGCUUUUUCACCUGUA